AUGGUGUAUACAAUACGGCCAUUGAUUCUUAAAGAUGACAGUGUUAGUUUAUUCAAUUUCUUUAAUUUGAAGAAAAGUUUUAAGCAUGGCUCGAAAUGCAUGAAGUAUAUUGGGUCUCAAAGGUCAAUUAGGGACAAUACAAGGGCAUUAAACAUAGUUACGUCUUCCAGUUUGUUUUAUAAGAAAUAUAAACAACAAGAAGGAGUGCCAGCUUCUGAAUUUGCUGAACCAUUUAAGUUAACUAAGUUUGACCUGCUAUUACAUUUGUAUUUGCCUCAGUUCCGGAUUCUACAUACCCUCAAUAUACGAGGACGACAUAUCAAAUUAUUGCUCUAUUUUUGUUUCUUGCCUGAAAGCCUUAAGUCACUUUCGUUGUUUAUUGACUAUAAAGAACCUUGCUUUAAUAAUUACCAGGAACUUAAUUCUAUCCUCCAAGCCAUAGAGAGCAAGAAUACUAAUACGGCACUCGAAAACUUUCAAGUGUAUUCUGAUAACCCAAUAAUGCAAACAAGGAUUCAUAGCAAUUUCUACCUUGUAAAGGGAAAGCCUAUAAUUACAUACAGGGAAUACUUCUCAACCCAAGUUGUUUCGAAGUAUGAAAAAUAUAACUUCAAAAGAAAAAAGGACCUAGUCGUAUUUGGCCUUAUCAUGUACAAACUUCUUGAUAAAUUCAGGAAAUCAUUGAAAUCUAUAGAACUAGAAAAAGUAGAUUUCUCGUUGAUAUUCAAUUCGAGCGUGGUUAAUUCGGCUCUUCAUAAAACUAUAUAUAAUUUCCAUUUUCCCACUUUACGGUUGCUUGUCGUUGAUAACAUCUCAUCCCUAAAACUUAACACUUGGAUCAAGGCCUUUCAGGAAGGUAAUUCAAGCUUCAGAAACGAUAAACCAUUAUUUAUUGUUAUGCAUGAUGAAUUGAGUGGAUAUUUACAUACUAAAACAGUUGGUUCUCAUUAUGGAUCUCAGGGAGCUAUCCAUCAAAGGUGGCUCCAUUCAAAAGAUGCAUUGAAGACAAUGAGAAACAUUAGGCUAGAGUUAGGCAUAAAUCUGUAA